CUCACAUAUUGGUGCCUUCAUUAGUUUUCUCCCCAAACAAUGUUCUAAUUCUCUCUUUCCCAGCUCUAAACUUAUAAACCCAUUAAGACCAGAUCACUUGUAAGAGUCAGUUUCCUUUCUUUUAUAUAUCUAGGAUUGCAGUAGUAGUAGUAGUAGUAGUAGUACUGAAUAUUCAGUACAAAGUAAGAAAAUGAGAUCGGGUCUUUGCAGUAUACAGCAUGGCCUAACUGCUGAGGCAGUAAGCAUGGUGAAACAAGCGGUUAGCUUUGCUAAACGCCGGGGCCAUGCCCAAGUGACUCCUCUCCAUGUUGCCAGCGCCAUGCUUGCAUCAUCUGCUGGUCUUCUGCGAAGGGCUUGCCUUCAAUCCCAUUCUCACCCCCUUCAAUGCAAGGCCCUAGAGCUUUGCUUCAAUGUUGCGCUCAACCGACUUCCUGCCUCCACUCCAAGCCCCCUUUUAAGCCCUCACUACCUCAACCCUGCCCUCUCCAAUGCCUUGGUUGCAGCAUUCAAGCGUGCCCAGGCUCACCAACGUCGUGGCUCUAUUGAAAACCAGCAACAACCUAUUUUAGCUCUUAAGAUAGAGUUGGAACAGCUCAUAAUCUCUAUUUUAGAUGACCCAAGUGUUAGCAGAGUCAUGCGAGAGGCUGGUUUUUCGAGUACCCAAGUGAAAAAUAGGGUAGAACAAGCUGUUUCUUUGGAGAUUUGUUCUCAAAAGCAAAGCCCUUCUAUGAGUACUAGCCAGUCCAAGGAAAUUAGCACCAUGCCUCUAGUUAAUCUUGGUACUAAUGUGCAUGUUUCUCCACAUUUUAGUCAGUUCAAAGUGCCAGUAGGUAAAUCCUUCGAUCAAGUUAGGAGCGAAGAAGUCAUGAGUGUCUUGAAUGAAUUGUCGAACAAAAGAAAAAGAAACACUGUUAUCGUAGGAGAGUGUCUGGCUACAGCUGAGGGCGUGUUUAGGGGAGUGAUGGACAAGUGUGAAAGAGGAAAUGUUCCCGGGGAGUUAAGCUUUGCAAAAUUCAUUAGUCUUCCUGAUCUCUUCUCUCUGAGGAACUCCUCCAAGGAGGACGUCGAGCAGAAGCUAGCGGAGCUAGGUUGCCUUGUGAAGACCUAUAUUAAUAGAGGGGUUGUGAUCUUGUACUUGGGAGAUCUAAAAUGUAUUGCUGAGUUUUGGUCAACUUCUGGCGAAGAAAGGAGAAACUACUACUGUCCUUUGGAGCACAUAAUCAUGGGGCUUAAAGGAUUGGUGUGUGGAAUUGGGGAAACUGCAGGAAGAUUGCGGCUCUUUGGGAUUGCCACUUUUCAGACUUACAUGAGAUGUAAAACAGGUUACCCUUCUCUAGAGACUAUUUGGGAGCUUCAUCCACUUACCAUCCCGGUUGGAAGCUUGAGCUUAACUCUCAGCCUUCAAAGUAAUUUGGAAGUUGAUCAGUUCAGAAGCAAGGUAUCGGCCAACAAUGCGCCUGGUUUGCAACUGCCUGAAACUGGAUUCGAUAAGCGACUAAGUUGCUGUACGGAUUGCGUGGACAAUUUCAAGAGAGAAGCUCAAAGCAUAGCAAGUGACUUUUGUAACACGGAGACGGACACCACCAUUUCCACCAGGUCAAGCUUGCCUUCAUGGCUCCAGCAACAGGAUAAGGAAGACAGGAGAUCAACAAAAGAUCACACUUUGAAUCAUGAUCAGAAAUGUGUCACUGUUAGGGAUCUGUGCAAGAAAUGGAACCAGUUCUGCAGUUCAGGCCAUAAGAAUCCUUGUUUUCCUGACAAAACCCUCACUUUUACUUCCUCGCCUCCUUCCACCACUUCAGUCUCUUCAUACGAGCGCAACCCUGACUUAUAUCAGACCCAGUACUUGAGUUGGCCUAUCACCUUCGAAACCACACAGAGUCCAAAAGAACAGCAGUUUUGGAUAUCUGAAACCAGUGAUGGAGACGAUGAAAGCAAUUUGAGAGUGUUCAUGCCAGAGAGAAAUGACCCUAAACCAGAACUUCUGUCAAAUCCAAAUUCUAGCCCUAACUCAGCUUCUUCGAGUGAAGUAAUGGAAGAUAUGGUUGGCCUUCAUAUGUUCAGAGAACUUAAUGCCGAGAACUUGAAGAUACUAUGCGAUGCACUGGAGAAAAAAGUUCGUUGGCAGAAAGAUAUUAUUCCUGAGAUUGCAACAACUAUCCUUCAGUGCAGGUCUGGAAUGAGAAUGAGGAAAGACAAUUUGCAAUACAGAUCAUCAAAGAGCAAAGAAGAAACUUGGCUAUUCUUUUCAGGUGUUGAUUAUGAUGGCAAGGAAAAGGUUGCAAGAGAGCUAGCUAAACUUGUUUUUGGUUCUCAAAGCAACUUUGUUUCAAUUUGCUUCAGCAGCUUCUCUUCAACAAGGGCUGAUUCAACUGAAGAAUCCAAAAGGAAAAGAAUGAGAGACGAUCUCAGUUCCAGCUAUCUUGAGAAAUUUGGCGAAGCAGUGAAUGAGAAUCCUCACCGUGUGUUCUUCAUGGAAGACAUAGAGCAAAUUGAUUACUGUUCUCAAAAGGGUAUAAAGCAAGCAAUUGAAAGUGGAAGAAUUACUCUUCCUAGCGGCGAUACUGUUCCUCUCACGGACGCCAUUAUCAUUUUCAGUUGUGAAAGUUUCAGUUCUGAGUCCAGAGCUGGCUGUUCUCCUCAUAGAAGGCAAAAACAUGCCGAUAAUAAUGAAAAAAACAAUGACGAUGACAUGCAGGAGAAAAGCCAAUGUCUCCCACUCGAUCUGAAUAUUGCCAUUACAGAAGAAGACAUGAAUGGAGAUCAUGAUGGAUAUUCAGUUUGUGGCAUUGGGAUUCUGGAAUCUGUGGAUAGGCAUGUUACUUUCAGAAUUCAACAAUUGUGAUCAUGUUGAAAUAGGAGGGAAGUACGAUUGAUGAUCUUCCUUGUAAGAUGAUACAUUUUUCUUUUUUCGUUUUUCCUUUUAAUAUAGAAUUUUGGGGAGGGAUAAACGAAGGAAUUAAAUGGAAAAAAAAGAAGAAAAGAUUUACGAGGAUUUUUCGUUAUUGGGAAUGGUAGGAUCGAUUCAGCCAUAUAUGUAGGGCUAUAUUGUGUAAUUAAUUGGUGUAGGUUUGACAUUUUCUUACUGCAUCAUGUAAUAGGUUGCAGCAGCACUGUGAAAUAUGGAUUUUUCUUUUCUUUGGAGUUUCUGACUUCAAAUUAGUUUCAAACUACAG